AUGUCCACCAUAGCACGUCUCGUCAACCGGGCGGCUCGUUCUUCUGCUCUAGAGAGAUCACCUAUCCUACGUCGAAAAUCCAUACUCUCACCCACCACCUCUUUCAGUGUCUCACAGCCGUCCACUUCUCGAAGAAGAUUACCUCUCCCUCUCCGACCUACACAAAGACAUCGCGGAUAUGCUUCGGCUGCGGCGGCGAGGAAGGUCCAGGAGGAUGGUGAUGCCCAGAUAGAAGAGCCCGAGUGGCCUGAGAGGAAUUUGCCAACGCUGAGUAACGCCGAUGUCAAGCGGUUGAGACGGCAAAGGAAUGUCGGGAUAUCUGCUCAUAUAGAUUCAGGCAAGACGACACUGACAGAACGUGUGCUUUACUACACAGGACGUAUACGUGACAUUCACGAAGUCCGAGGUAGAGAUGCGGUCGGAGCCAAGAUGGAUUCUAUGGAACUCGAACGUGAAAAAGGAAUAACUAUUCAAUCCGCCGCUACAUUCUGUGAUUGGGUGUCACAACCUCCCCCUACGGAAUUCACUUCCUCCGAACAACUCAACUCUGCUGCCAAAGAGAAUUUCGCUAUCAAUAUAAUCGACACUCCAGGUCAUGUGGACUUUACGAUCGAAGUUGAACGUGCUUUGAGAGUGUUGGACGGGGCGGUGUUGGUACUAUGCGCUGUGAGCGGAGUUCAGAGUCAGACAAUCACUGUAGAUAGACAAAUGAGACGGUAUAACGUUCCUAGGGUUGCUUUCGUCAAUAAGAUGGAUAGGGCCGGUGCAAAUCCGUUCAGAGUGGUGAACCAAUUACGGACAAAAUUACGGAUGAACGCAGCUGCUGUCCAGGUACCAAUUGGCUCGGAGAGUGAUUUCAGAGGGGUAGUGGAUCUUGUUCGUAUGAAGGCGAUUUAUAAUGAGGGGGUGAAAGGAAACCAAAUCGUGGAGAGUGAUGACAUACCUGAAGCCGUGCGAAGUUUGGCCGAGGAGAAACGGUCUCUCCUCAUCGAACAAUUAUCCGAGGCCGAUGAAGUUCUUUGUGACUUAUUCCUCAACGAAGAGCCUAUCUCCAAUCUCGACAUUGCUCAAGCUUUGAGACGGGCCACAGUCAGCCUUCGAUUCACUCCCGUCUUCAUGGGUACAGCAAUCAAGAACACCGCUGUUCAACCUUUACUCGACGGUGUUUGUUCUUAUCUUCCCGACCCCAGUGAAGUGCAUAAUCAAGCUCUUGAUGCGUCUCUCCCUGCACAAGCACCCCCGAUCCCUUUGGUUCCGGCUACAGACGCUCCUCUGGUCGGGUUAGCUUUCAAAUUAGAAGAAGGAAGAUAUGGGCAAUUGACAUAUAUGCGAGUAUAUCAGGGAGAGCUCAAGAGAGGAAGUGUUAUCUUCAAUGCUCGAACAGGGAAGAAAGUCAAAGUUCCUCGAUUAGUUCGAAUGCAUUCGGAUGAGAUGGAGGAUGUCGAAUCUAUCGCUGCUGGAGAAAUCUGUGCCAUGUUCGGUGUGGAAUGUUCAUCGGGGGAUACAUUCACCGAUGGUAACACUUCAUAUUCCAUGACAUCAAUGUUCGUUCCUGAUCCUGUCAUAUCUUUAUCCAUUCGACCAGAAGGGAAUGAAACGCCUAAUUUUUCCCGAGCACUGAAUCGGUUUCAGAAAGAAGAUCCCACUUUCCGUGUACAUGUCGACGCAGAAUCUCAAGAGACGAUCAUCUCCGGAAUGGGUGAACUCCACCUAGAUAUCUAUGUCGAACGUAUGAAAAGAGAAUACAACGUGGCUUGUGUUACGGGUAAACCCCGUGUAGCCUUCCGAGAAACUAUCACUUCACCUGCGACAUUCGAUUACACUCAUAAGAAACAAAGUGGUGGUGCUGGUCAAUUUGGGAAGGUAAAGGGUAUUUUGGAACCUAUGGAGUUGGAUCCGGAUACAGGAAAAGAUACGGCUUUUGAGAAUAAGGUAGUUGGAGGGAAUAUCCCAAGUCAAUUCAUACCUGCUAUUGAAAAGGGAUUCCAAGAAGCUCUCGAUCGUGGACUUUUAACAGGACACCCAAUCACAGGAUGUCGUUUCAUCGCAGAAGACGGUCAAGCUCACGUGAACGAUUCCAACGAAUUAUCUUUCAGACUAGCAGCCAUCGGUGCUUUCAGAGAAGCUUUCAACAAAGCUAAACCCGUGGUAUUGGAACCUGUCAUGAGUGUGGAAAUUGUAGCUCCUGUGGAAUUUCAAGGGAAUGUGAUAGGUGCUAUCAAUCAAAGAAAAGGGACUAUCAUCGAUACGGAAGUUAGGGAUGAUGAAUUUACUUUAUUGGCUGAAGUGGCUUUGAAUGAUAUGUUUGGGUAUAGUAGUCAAUUGAGAGGUAUGACACAGGGAAAGGCUAUGAUAUGUACGUAUGAUACAAAUAAAAAAAAAUCCAAGCAAUGA